AUAUAUAUAUAUGCUUUCUCUACACACACAUACACAUAUGUAUACCUACACAGAGAUCUGCAGAAAAAUAUGACCUUUGCAUGUUCGAAGGGAUCCCAGGAGUUCAAAACCCAGCAUUUGUAGGAGCAAUCCAUGGAAAGAAAUUAUAUUUAAAAUCACAAAAUGCUUUUGUGGACUGUGAGACAAACCAAGCCACGCGAACCUACUGUACACAUGAGCGUCUUAGAUUGGGAGGCGGGCAGCCUUUCUCCAUUAACUACCUUGACAUAAACUCCUAACACAGAAGUGAAAAAUGACACAUAAACGAUACCCUUUUUUUAGCGCGUGUUAAAAAGCCGAUUAUCUCCCUGUGAAUGAAUACCAGGCACAACACUUUGAAGACACGUCUUCAUAACCAGAAGUGAGAAGCUCCAGGCACCCGCAUCUCGCCUGCGUUCCGUCCGCGAAGCUGUUAACAACGCAAACCCGAGAGGCAUCCUCCCAGCUCCGAGGCGACGCUGUGGUAAUUAAGGAAAACCUGUGCGCGAGUUGGCCGAGUCCUGUCCUGCGGAGUGGGAGGGUCACACCGGGAGAGACUAAUAAGGGCAGAGAUGCGUCCCCUUCCCACUCGCCGGGCGCUCGCGGGCCACUCGUCGGCGGCGCCGCAGCCCUGCCGGGACCCCCGCGCUGCGAGCGGCUCGGCCCACGCCGGAGGUCUGUGGCCACUCGUUCACAUGGUCUCGAGGUACCAUGAGGCACUCUGGCUGUUUGAAGCUCUGGCUCUGGGUGGCAGUGCUCCUGCUCCCGGCUUCCGCUGCCGUGACGGUCAGGGACAAGCAAGAAAAACAAUGCCCUAUACUGAGAACAGAGGGACGUCAGUUUACACAAGACAACAGAGAUGAACUUGAAGUUUCAGGCUUUGAUGUGGGAGAGAGCUUUUCCCUGAGGCGUGUGUUUUGUGAAGGGGAUCACACUUGUUUCAAAUUGGGAAAUUCACUUCUUAUUAGAGAUACCAUUAAGAUCUUUCCCAAAGGCCUUCCUGAGGAGUACGCCAUAGCAGCCACGUUUCGUGUACGAAGAAGCACCAAGAAGGAACGGUGGUUUCUGUGGCAGAUUCUAGACCAGGAGAAUAUGCCACAGGUUUCUGUAGUCGUUGAUGGUGGAAAGAAGGUGGUGGAAUUUAUGUUCCGAGCUGCUGAGGGAGAUGUGUUGAACUACAUUUUUAAAAAUCGAGAACUCCGUCUCUUGUUUGAUCGUCAGUGGCAUAAGCUUGGCAUCGGAGUGCAGUCCAGGGGCGUUUCACUCUAUAUGGAUUGUACUUUAAUUGCAAGCCGGCAAACCGAUGAAAAGGACGCUGUGGAUUUCCGUGGGAGGACUGUUAUCGCUGCUCGUGCCUCAGACGGCAAGCCUGUGGACAUUGAACUUCACCAACUGAAAAUCUACUGUAGCUCAGACUUCAUAGCUCAGGAAGCGUGUUGCAGAAUGCCGGGGACGAAGUGUCCAGAGCAGGAUGGCUUUGAAAGUACCACAUCGUCAUCAGUACCUGCUCAUGCCGGUAAAAUGUCUAUAUAUCUGCCAGCAAAACAGGGACUUAAAGCCCAGUGCCAGUGCAUUCCACACAAGGGAGAAGCAGGAUUCCCGGGAGCUCCAGGUUCACCUGGUCAGAAAGGGGAUAAAGGAGAACCGGGUGCAGCUGGUAUUAAAGGUGAAUUUGGUGCUCCCGGAGUUCCUGGAGUAAAGGGUGAAAAUGGUUUACAUGGAGCUCCAGGCUUACCUGGUCAAAAGGGAGAGCAAGGUUUAGAAGGCAGCAAAGGAGCAAUCGGUGAAAAGGGCGAACAAGGAGAAAAAGGAGAUCCAGGGUUGGCUGGCAUUAAUGGACAAGACGGUUUGAAAGGUGACUUGGGUCCUCGUGGUCCACCUGGCCCGAAAGGAGAAAAGGGAGAUACGGGACCCCCAGGACCACCAGCCUUAGCUGAUUCCCUGGGGAUCCAAGGCCCCCGAGGUCCACCUGGAAAAGAGGGUCAGAGGGGAAGACGAGGAAAACCAGGUCCUCCAGGAAAACCAGGGCCCCCAGGACCACCUGGACCUCCUGGAAUGCAAGGAGUACAGCAGACUCUGGGUGGAUUUUAUAACAAGGGAGACUUUGGUGAACAUGGAGCUGGUGGCCCAAAAGGAGAGAAGGGUGAAACUGGACAACCAGGAUUUCCGGGGUCCAUUGGCCCUAAAGGUCAAAAGGGAGAAUCUGGGGAACCUUUCCUCAAAGGUGAAAAGGGAGACAGAGGAGAACCUGGGAUAGUUGGAUCACAGGGAAUAAAGGGUGAACCUGGAGAUCCUGGUCCCCCCGGUUUAUCAGGAAGCCCAGGACUAAAGGGUCAGCAAGGACCUGCAGGUUCUAUGGGACCCAGAGGACCACCAGGAGACAUUGGAUUGCCAGGAGACCACGGUAUCCCGGGAAAACAAGGCAUCAAAGGAGAAAAGGGAGAUCCAGGUGGGAUUGUGGGCCCUCCCGGGCUUCCAGGUCCGAAAGGUGAGGCUGGGCCUCCAGGGAACAGCCUGCCUGGCGAACCAGGAUUAGACGGAAAUCCUGGAGCGCCUGGUCCACGUGGGCCAAAGGGCGAGAGAGGCCUGCCCGGUGUCCAUGGGUCCCCAGGUGAGGCUGGCCCUCCAGGGGUAGGAAUUCCUGGCCGAACGGGCUCCCAAGGACCAGCUGGAGAGCCAGGCAUUCAGGGUCCUCGAGGUCUCCCUGGGUUGCCAGGAGCUCCAGGGACCCCCGGGAAUGAUGGAGCUCCAGGGAGGGAUGGAAAGCCAGGCCUGCCAGGCCCCCCAGGUGACCCGAUUGCGCUGCCCCUCUUGGGAGACAUCGGCGCUUUGCUUAAGAACUUCUGUGGCAACUGCCACACCAGCGUCCCUGGGCUGAAAAGCAACAAAGGAGAAGAAGGAGACGCUGGAGAGCCUGGGAAGUACGACUUCGCGGCCCGGAAGGUGGACGCAGGGCCCCGUGGUCCUCCAGGAAUCCCAGGCAGAGAAGGACCAAAGGGCAGCAAAGGAGAGCGGGGCUACCCUGGGAUGCCUGGGGAGAAAGGCGACGAGGGUCUUCAAGGAAUUCCAGGCAUUACAGGUGCUCCAGGUCCAACUGGACCCCCUGGCUUGUUGGGAAGAACUGGACAUCCUGGUCCUGUGGGAGCAAAGGGUGACAAGGGCAGCGAGGGACCCCCUGGGAGACCUGGACCACCCGGACCACCCGGUGUACCAUUCAGUGAAGGAAAUGGAAUGAGCAAUUUAUAUAAAAUCCAGGGAGGUGUGAAUGUUCCCAGUUAUCCAGGGCCACCCGGCCCCGCUGGUCCAAAAGGCGAUCCUGGCCCAGCGGGAGAACCUGGUGCAAUGGGGUUGCCAGGACUAGAAGGAUUUCCAGGUAUAAAGGGAGACCGAGGCCCAGCAGGGCCCCCAGGAAUAGCCGGGAUAUCGGGAAAACCUGGAGCCCCCGGGCCCCCAGGAGCUCCAGGGGAACCGGGUGAGAGAGGACCUGUUGGAGAUGUAGGUUUCCCUGGACCAGAAGGACCCUCAGGAAAGCCAGGAAUAAAUGGAAAAGAUGGAUUACCAGGUGCCCAGGGCAUCAUGGGUAAGCCUGGAGACAGAGGCCCCAAAGGAGAACGUGGUGAUCAGGGAAUCCCAGGAGACAGAGGCCCACAAGGCGAACGGGGAAAACCAGGCCUUCCAGGCGUGAAGGGGGCCAUAGGGCCUGUGGGGCCACCAGGAAGCAAAGGCUCCACGGGAUCCCCCGGGCACCAAGGCCCUCCCGGCGAUCCAGGUGCCCCCGGCUCUCUGGCUGAUGCAGUUUCAUUUGAAGAAAUAAAGAAGUAUAUUAAUCAAGAGGUUCUAAGGAUUUUUGAAGAGAGGAUGGCUGUGUUCCUGUCCCAGCUCAAGCUACCCGCAGCAAUGUUGGCCGCUCAGGCUCAUGGGAGACCUGGGCCACCAGGAAAGGAUGGGUUACCUGGGCCACCAGGAGACCCCGGACCCCAAGGCUACCGAGGACAGAAGGGAGAAAGAGGGGAACCUGGCAUUGGGCUUCCAGGGAGCCCGGGCCUUCCUGGGACCUCAGCUCCGGGUUUGCCAGGCUCACCAGGGGCCCCAGGGCCUCAGGGCCCCCCAGGACCUAGUGGACGAUGUAACCCAGAAGAUUGCCUCUAUCCCGUGUCUCAUGCCCGUCAGCGGACAGGUGGGAAAUAACACACCUGAGGAAGACGAUUCCUGUCAUAUCUCCUGACCACUGGAGCUGGAGCUGUCUUAAUACUGUCAGCCCCUCAUGAUGUGAGGGCGUUGAUUUUUGGUUUUUGGGUUUUUUUCUGGUGUAGGCCAGACAUUAAAAGCAAUUGAAAUCCUAAUCCUAUAGUAAUUGCAAUAUGAGCAUUUUUAGACUUUUCCCAAAUUCAUUCCAUAUAUUUUGCUUCACCAUUACUAUGAUUUUUGUUCAGAGUUUUCUAUGAAGUACACAAGCAAAUCUUGUUAGUUCUUCUUCUGAAGGAAAUUACAACUUGUGAUUUAGUAGGCUCAUGGUGACGUACAUUUCGUAGUCUCAUCAACUUGUAUUUGGCCUUUGAUUUCUUAAUUUUAAAGUUUCAGACAUAUUGAAAUUUUCUUGGUGUUUAAAUUUACUAUCAUUGCUAAAAAUUUCAUCAAGUUUUUUGAUAGAGUGCGUUGCACCAGCGGAAUGUUUUCUGACUACUUUUUUAUAGCUCAAGAAUUCUCAUACCAUCCUAGAUCCAUCCUACUUAGAAACAGGCAAUAAAAGCUUCACUUCAUAACAUUUAUUUUGGAAAAAACCCAGGAGGCUCUUUAUCACGGAGCCCAAAACCCACCAUAGCCAACUCCUGACAUGAUUUUGUUAAUUCUGCAUAAGGAGCUCAACUCAAAGCAAUCAGUGCUGGUGCGAACGCAAACCGUGUGCAAAGGGAGCAUGAAGUCUGACAGCACACGAGUUCCGGAAGAAGAACCCAGCGCUGUGAUCCCUUCGCUGAGCUUCUCAUUGGGAAACAGAGCUGUUUUCCCUAAGAGGUGUUUGGUGGUGAAGGCACCCAGGGGAGUGGUACUUUUGAAGCUCAAAUGGCCUCGUGAGGUCUUUGGGCCCUGGUAUCCGUUACCUUCUGACCUCAUCACUCUCAAACUAAGAUAAGAGCUGGUCAUCAGAACACAGGAUGGAUGUGCAGCGACUGGAAAAGAAACCCUCCUGCUCUGAAAGAUGAAUGUGUGGUGUCAGCAGAUGCAUGUGGACAAGGUGAAGCCCAAGGGCUCUUACGGAGAAGAGUGUUUCUCCAGAAGCUGUGGCCAUAGGGACAGGGCAGCAGAGGAAGCCAUGGCACGGAAGAUGCAGCUAGCACUCAGGCCCAAGAUGACCUCCACUUCAAGGGAAACAGCAGGCGCUGAAGGCAGUGUCCUCCACCAGAGAACGAAGAUACAGGGAUGGCCAACCAAAUCACUACAUGGUAUUUUUAUUGCCUAGCUGUACAUUAUUUUGAGAAACUGUUGGUUGAAAAUAACUGACAUUCUAGAACGUUGGGCGUGAGGAUGUUGCUGAAAUCUAAGUAGCGGGUCCCACAGAUGCUGAGAACGUGCCACCCAGAGCCCUCCCAUGACAGAAAUGGGGAGGCCAGACCUCUUCAAGAAGCAGUGCAGAUUCCAAUUUGGCUGAAUCAGACUAGGGUGCUGGCUUCUAUCUGUUGAUUAAAAAUGAGUUUAGAAAGGCAACCCACUGACCUUGGAAAAAGCUGUGAAUGGAGUGGUGCAGGGAGCGCGCCUGGAUUCCGGCGGGCUCUUUGCAAACGCACCCACAAUUUGAACUGGUUUUCAUUAUUAGAUAAUGAACUGCUGGUCAGGUACUGUCUAUAUGGCUGUGCAUACAUGCAACCUUUUAGUUGUUUCGUAUGGAAUUAUGCUGUAUAUUUCAAUUCUAAGUUUAUUUAUUUUGUUUUCCAAGGUUAUUUUAUUUAUUUCAAGUGUUUUUAACUUUAAAUUGAUUUUCUUCUUCAUUGUCUUUCCUGUGCAAUACCUACAAUGGUGCUGUGUUUUAGACUUACACAAUUGGAAUAUACAUAUGCAUUUUCUUAGUGAAAUGAUAAUUUAUCCCAAAAAAAUGUACAGAAAUCUAAAAUCUGGUGCUAUGUGUAUAUCUUGAGCUUUUAAUUUGUCAAACUUUAAUUUGUUAAAUUUUCUGAAAGCUUACUAUUCAUCUGCUACUCAUUAAUUUACUUGAAUUUGUCAUAAAACAAAACAUUUUAUAUGUUUUCAAAGAUUAUUUUUUCAUAUUAAUUAGUAGGUUGUUUACCCUUUUGCCUCUUUGCUAAUCCAGAAGUAUUUAUUUUACCAUUUUAAUGUUUUUAUGCACUUUUUUGCUGAUGAUCAUCAACAUAUUUUUCUUUGUUUUCUUUGGGUUAAUCCUUUCAUAUGUAUAAAAAGACUCAGUUCACUCUCUUGUUUUAUAAAUUCUGUUCACGUUUAUUCCAAAGACUAUGUCAUGCAUCCUUUCUUACAAAUUGUAUAUUUAGGAACCUUUCUUUUUCUGAAUUCCAUUAAUGCUGGACUGGUUUAUUCCUGUUUCAAGAAUUAGGACUCAUUCAGGAGAUUUAAGGAGAGAGGGGAAAUAUAAUGUUAUGUGAUGCAUAUUACAAAGUAGAGCUGUCACACUGAUUCAAGCUCGCUUUUCAUGGCUGACACAUGUGACUAAAGCCACCCUUGGCAGAACUAGAGAAGCGGGGCUGUGUCCACAUUCAAUGAGCCCCCUCACCCUACUGGGAAAUUUGCCCUCUACCGCUCGUUCUUGCCUCACCUCUGUGCACAUGAUAUGCAACAGAAAGCAACAAGAGAGCCUGGUACAGCUAAUACAACACCAAAUAAAGUGGAGAUUUGACAGUGGCCUAAUUCCUUUAAUAAAAAGAAAGUGCAUUAUUAAGCCCCAAAAUAGGGUGGGAAAUUUCCCCCUAAAUUACUCAGUGGUGCCAAUCCUCUUGUACCAUUUUAUUCCGUUCUGAAGCAUUUGUUUAGUUUCACACAUAUGUCAGUGAUGUCCACAGCAGGCGAGAAUAAUUAUCAAAUUUCCUGAAUUAUCUCUUGUUUGGAUUCCAGACAACAUAAGUGUUUAAAAUAUAAAAUAGUUUGGGGCCCUGAUGAUAAUUAAUAAUUAAAAUUGUGUUUGCCCUAUACGUUUGAAUUCCAGUCUAACAUUUUAUACCAAGAUCAGCUAACACUUUCAGAUAGAAUUCUUUCUGUGCAAAGAAUAAGAUAUGACCUCAAUGAGUAUUUAUGGCCUCUGGAAUCUAAAGACAAAUGGAAGACUAAUUCAUGAGUUUGUUCUUUGUUCCUUCCUACUGAAGACAUUAACCAGUUUUCCCUAACCGUAACAGAAACACGGCGAGUCUUAACCUUUGAAAUUUUUCACCUUGUAAUCAAAGUAAUUUAGUUAAUGACUUUAAAGUAAUCCUAUAUGCUUAUUUCUAUAUUUCAUGACAUUGUUGAAACUUUAAAAUUUUAGUCACUUAUAUUAUAGAACUUCAGUAAUUAUCUUAAGAUAUCUUGUCUGCAAAAGAUGUCAUUUGAUAUUUGGAUUAUAAAAUAAUUCUUUAUGAAUAUGUUUUAGGAGUUCAGUUAGAUGCAGCUUUUCUUCGGUCCUUCUCGUCUGUUGAGAACUAUGAUAUACCUCCUCUUGUCCACAAGAUGGUGUGUAGAGCAGUUUGAAUCAGAAGAACUGAGCUGACUUGAGAAACACCAGGCUAGAAACAGUUAGUGGACAACUAAAUCACACCCUCACCUUUGCACUUAGUUUUUUUUUUUUCACUUUUGUAAAUAAUUUCUUGUUAACUUAUGUUUUGUUAAUUUUUUGUUAAUUUCUGUUUUUCCUCAUUUUGAGUACCUUUAUGAAGCAGGCACAAUACCCCUUGAUUUGUUGGCUGUUUCCAUUUUAUUUUUUUGGUGGAUUUAUAUACCUAGUUAACUCGAAAAUUUACUCUUUGUAAUGUUAGUUUGCAUACUACACUCGUAGUUCACUGAUUACUGUGAAAACACCUAAGUAGUCAUCCUCCCUUUUAGAGAGGAUAGAGACUCUUGACAGAUAAGUAAAAGGUAUUUAGCUUAUCACAAGAAGUAGACCAUUUUUAAAACUACACAAUGUCUAAAUCUCCAUAUUGUCCAUGGUACUUAAAAUUAUACAGUUAGAUUUGUAUAACAUUUAUAUUUUUCUAGAAAUAUAUCACUAUUUACAAGAGUAAGAUAAGAAAUGCUAUUUUUCAAAAUACCAUUUUAAUUUUCCUGGCAUUGGUAAUAAUAUCCUGAGACUGAGAAUUUCUGGUGAAGUUACGUGCUUAAGUUUUUUCAAUGAAUUCUCAGAAAAGUCUUGCAGAUUCGUUCAUUGCCCUUGUUCUUAAAUUGUUUUUCACAUUCUCCGUGCCCGCCUUCUCAGACACUCAGUAUUCUUGUUGCUGUUCCCCAGGGUUCCUUCCGAAUACUCCAGCUGAGGAGUGUACCCACUUCUGUACCAUUUCCUCCCAGAGAUUACACAGGCUUCUAAGGGGAAGCGAUGCAGAAAAGGAGUUUGAUCUUUUAUGCUGCGUACUUCAAAGUGACUUACCCAGUGAACUGUUUUCAUUUAUUAGUUGGCAGGUAAAGGUGCAUUAAUUACAUUAAAUUUGCAUAAACACUGGGAGUCUCGGGAAACAGGACAUGUAGACAUCUGCAGUUCUAUUGUGUGGGGUAGCUGGCGCUAUAACACAGACAUCUUACUCAACAAAAUCAUGCCAGCGUAACUGGUCAGUUUAGUUAAAUUAAUUGAACCUCAUGAGCACAGAGGAAACUCAUUCAGACAAGUAGGCCCAGAACAGCAAAAAUUCACCUCAAAGAUAAGGCAGGCUUGUAAAACCAAAGUCUAAGAAAAUCUAAAUGGAAAAGAUUUCAUGUUCAGAUCCAAUAGUGAAAGAUGUGUGGUACAGCUCAAGGAGUUAGCUAUUUGCUUCCAGAAUUUGUCAAAAGCGAAUACUAAUAAAGUAGGGGAUUUCACUAAACUUAGGGGGUAGUUCAGUAAGAUUUAAGUUUAUCAGAGGGGUGUGUGUUAUUUAACCACACAAGCUUACGAAUGUAAGGAUGCUAAUGGCAACUUUUUAUUUUGCUAUGUUAUUUAACGUAUAUUUUAGGGAUAAAUGUUUUUCACAGUCUUAAUAUAUUUAAAUUCAGAUUGUUUUAUGGCAUAUUUUAUAACUAUUUAUUUUAAAAAUAACAGGGUGCAUUUUCCCCCAUCUUGUUUGUUCUUUAUCAUACCUCAUCAAACUAUUCAAUUAAUACAACAUACUCAUGUUAAGUGGAAUGGCACUAGUUUUAUUCUAAAUCCCACGUGGAUUUAUAAUGCCUUGAGGUCUUGAUUCCUAUAUGUUCAUUACGCAUAAUGAGCGUGUCACUUAUCCAGCAAUAAAGGAUUUGACUCUAAACCAGGGAAUUCGAAGGUGCAGUUAUUAACACUGUAUCUUCUUGUGGCUGAAGCUCCAUGCUUCAGUUCCAUCCUGCUAGGUCUCAACCACGGGAUGCUCCAAAAUUACUCACAUGCUGUGCAGGAGCCACACCGAGGCUCAAGAAACCUGUAGACCAGUCUGUUGCAGGGUUCGUGUUUAUACUGUGCUGGUAAUUAUACUUUUGUUUGUUACACGAAUCCAUGCUUCGCUCAGAAUAAUUAGGUUUAUAACCCAUCUCCCUGGCAACUCAUAAAAAGCCCAGUCUAAUGGUUUUGGAUGAGAAUUAUAAGAAACAAAAGUCAGAGAACAGGUGGCCCUUUGUGACUUUUAUCCCACGGAGUGAUCUCACUAAAAUCAUUUGAGACUUCUUGCUGUAGAGGGGCCUGGGCAAGAUCAGAGAUAUCACAGUUAACUUCUCUCAUAAAUCUAAGCUGUUCCAUCGUUAGUCAUAAGACAGUAGGCAAUAAGAACUUAGACAUAUGGCAUGUUUCCUUAACAGAAAUUAAUUACAUCUGAAUAUGCCAGUGGAUUUAUAUGUUGACUUAGGGAAAUGAUUUACAUAGUUCUUAACUGUUCUCAUCUUCAGGUCCCCUUACAAUAUAGAUACAGUAAAUUACAUAGGGGCUCUCUAAGAAAUAUUCUUAUGUCUUUCACACACACAUUUUCAACUUGGAGGUCAAAGACAAAUUCAAAUAAAUCUUAAAAAGAAAGUGAGUUUCUUGGAGCCAAUUUCCCUCAUGUCUUCUCUCUUAUUCUUAGAAACUUGGAGUCAAGGGCAUGAUGUGAAGGCAUGUUGUAGAUUGCCGUUUGUUAAGACUAAAAAUACUAUCAGUCAGCACUCUCUCUUUGGUAACCAGAUCUGGCAUGUUAUGCAAUGUUACACUUCCUCUAGCUGAUCACUGAAGAGCAUCUGAGCACCUCUAUUGAUGGUCAUACAUCAUUAUGUUAACCAAUUUUAACCUAACAGGUACUGAGCCAUAUGCACUCAAUACUGCCACAGCCUAGAUCAGAAACUCACUAAAAUAGACUAAAUACACAACUGAAAAGUAGUUAUUUCACUCUAUUAAAAAAAGGACUUGAUCUAUAUUUAUUGAUCAUAAAUAUUCUUUUUAAAAAAACGGUAUGUAAAAUCAUUUAUGUCCAUUGCCCAUUUGUAAACAGCAAAAUUACUGGUUUGCUAGGGUUUUUUUCCUAGUAUUGCUUUUUCAUUCAUUUUUCCAGGGCCACAAGGAAAUGUUUAAUAGAAACUUUCCUGAUAUUGGUAUGAUUGUAUGUGUUUCUAGUGGCCUUCCUGCAAUAGCGGUUUAUUUUUAAACUCAGAAAUAUUAUACGUUGAGACACUGCAAUAGCCAAAAAACUAAAUAAUCCGAUCAGAGGUGAUCUUCUACAGCAAGGGUUUAUACUAAGCUUCUGUCCGGGUGCAAAUAAAUCAGAUCUGACUCAUGAUGCUAAAGAACAGCAACAUCCGUUUAGUCAGCUUGAAAGAUAAAGUGUCUGUAAAUCCAUCGGUCACAUAACAGGUAGGACUGCUCAUUCACACCCUUGUGCAGGACAGAUGUCAGUCAUCCCGACCAUGCCCGUGACGGCAUGUGCUCGGUCAGACUGGGAGGUGAUCGCCUGAGUUCUUAACCAACCUGUCAGACACUUGGGCUGAAAAUCAUCUCAAAAUGCCAAGGAAGCACUAACUAGGAAUAAAUCAGAAACCAUUUGCCCUUGAGUAACAAGCCAGUUUCUAACCAACCGUAACUACUCGCACUCUCCUCGUUCGGCAAGUGCUGUAGGUGACGCUGGAUCCAACUUUAACAACAUCUCAGAGAGGUUUUGGAGAUUUCUACUUUGCUAGAGAGAGCGAUUUUGGUCUUAUUCAAUAUUUAUCAACUCUCUUUCAUGGAGAGAAUUUGCUGGCACUUUUCUUUGCAAUAUCUCAGUCAAGUAUUUAAUGAUUCUGUAAACUAUUUCACUUAACUGAAUUUAUAGUGGAUUGUUCCCACCAUUUGGAAUGUGGUAGUUUUGCAUUAAUCUAUUUGUAAGUGGUUGUUUCCAACAUUGCUUAUGGUAUCUAUGGGGCUUGUUGUACAGCCUUUUAUAUAUCAUUUGUAAAACAGUUAACUGUUCUUUGAAAUUUUAUUUUUUUUAAUUUUCUUAUGAAUAUGAUAUUAUAGAACUGAGAAAUGUAUUUAUUUGGUUAUCUGGUUUUCCUUUUGUUGUAUUUGGUUAUGUCACACCAGUUAAAAUAAAAUCACUUUGGUGAAAAGACAAGGCAGUUUCUUUGCAUUUAUUUGGUUAUACGUCACAGUACCUGCAAAAGUUUGCCAUUUAUAUAAAGAUCAUUUUAAGUAGCUAGAACACAUAUCUCUAAUUCGAAAAAUGAUGUACUGCACGUGAAGGAAGAGCAUCCUUCUCAGUCUGUGUAAAUGGCACUGAGCUGUGUGGCCAGGUUGGGAUCUUUCUCCUUAAGCACAGUCCAUGCCAGCAGCACAGAACUAGAUGCUGUAAGCAGUUUUCAAGAAAUCCAAAUACAGAUUACAUAAUAAUUGAUUUAGCCAAACAAACAGGGCUAAAAUUUUUUAAUGGAUAGAAAGUACAUACGAGAAAAAAAGCUGAUAUCAAAAAUCCAGUUAGAGCUCACCCCCCUCCACCCCCAACUUGAGAAAAUCGAGUUCUAUAAACUAACUGAGGAUAUUGAUUGUUUUGAGCACUGUGCUCUGCCCCAGGACAAGUCACUCAUA